AGGACUGUGUGCAUUUUCAUAUAUGGAAAAACAACAUGGAACUGAAAACUGAUAUUAUAAAUGCUAAAAAAUGAAACUAAUAACAAUUCAAAAUGUAUUGUUCAGUUCACGUGCACACACAGCGGUCUACAUUCUAAAGCUCUAAAGCUCCACUUUGCCCCCCUCGUUAUGGGCGUGGGAGGCAAAACCCCAGCUUGAUAAAGACGGUCCAAAAGAAAACGACUACUAAAAGAACAUUUCGCAGGAACGCCCUAUCUCUGACCCCUGGGAUGCCAUGGCGCGCUCUGGGCCCAUGUUGUCGCUGCUGCCCUCUCUCUCCGGGAUGCCCCGGCAGGUGCUGGCGGUUCCCAUGGAGCCCAAGUACCUGUGCCAGCAGUGCCAAGGUGUGCUGAGGAAGCCCUUCCAGGCCCAGUGUGGCCACCGCUUCUGCAACUUCUGCCUCAUGCAGCUCACCAGCUCAGGGCCCAAGCCUUGCAAAGCCUGUCAAGAGGAGUCCAUCUUUGAGGAACCCCAGUCCAUUCUCAACAUCAGCGAUGCUUUUCCAGACAAUGCAGCACGGAGGGAAAUCGACAGCCUUCCAGCCACCUGCCCCAAUGAAGGCUGCUCCUGGAAAGGGAAGAUAAAAGAAUAUGAGGAGGGUCACGAGGGGAAGUGUGAGUUUGAGCGCACGACGUGCGAGGCCUGCCACGCGGUGAUCCUGUGCCAGGACCGCGAACGUCACGAGGAGCGGGAGUGCAAGGAGAGGACCCUCAACUGCAAAUACUGCAAGGUCGCCUUCAACUUCAAAAACAUCAAGGCUCAUGAUGAAAUAUGUCAGAAGUUCCCAGUUCAGUGCAAGGCAUGUGGAAAGAAGAAGAUUCCCAGAGAAAAGUUCCAGGAUCACGCCAUGUCCUGCGCGAAGUCUAGAGCGUCCUGUGCGUUCGGCGUGGUCGGCUGCUCCGCUGUGGUGGAGAGUGAGAAGCAGGGGGACCACGAGCAGGCCAGUGUCCUGGAGCACUUGCGCCUCCUGUUGGGCGAGGUGGGCCGGGUUCGGCAGCAAAUGGAAGGGCCCGGGGAGUGGCAGGAGGACUCGGGGCUGGGGCUAUAUCGUGCCCCAGAGGAAGGCACGCCCUCUGCAGGCAGAGCAGGGCAGGCCAGCAGCCUGGAGCAGAAGGUUUCGGCCAUGGAGAACAUCAUGUGUGUGCUGAACCGGGAGCUGGAGAGAACAGCCCUCACUCUAGAGGCCUUCAGCCGGCAACACCACCUGGACCAGGACAAGAUAGAAGGCCUCAGCAGCAAGGUGAAGCAGUUGGAGCGCACUCUGAACAUGCGGGAUCUGCAGCUGUCGGAGACGGAGAGCACUCUGCGGGAGCUGAGCUACUGCACGUACGACGGCGUCUUCGUCUGGAAGAUCGCCGACUUCUCCCGCCGCCGCCAGGACGCUGUGGGGGGACGAGCCCCUGCCAUGUUCUCUCCAGCGUUCUACUCCAGUAAGUACGGCUACAAAAUGUGCCUGAGGCUAUAUCUCAACGGCGACGGGACAGGGCGUGGGACACACCUCUCUCUCUUCUUCGUCGUGAUGAGGGGCAAAUACGACGCCCUCCUCAAGUGGCCGUUCAGUCAGAAGGUUACGCUGAUGCUGCUGGAUCAGAACAACCGGGAGCACAUCAUCGACGCCUUCCGCCCCGACAUCACCUCCACCUCCUUCCAGAGGCCCAUCAGCGAGAUGAACAUCGCCAGCGGCUGCCCGCUCUUCUGCCCGCUGCCCAAGCUGGCGGGGAAGAGCUCGUACCUGCGAGACGACACUGUUUUCAUCAAGGCCAUUGUGGACCUGACGGGCCUCUAGCUCCCCCCGGGGGCGGGAGGCCCACAGCACAGCCUAUGAAAUAUCAUAAAGUAUGGAGUCACAGCCCUAUGGCAGCCCACUAUGGCCGUCGCGCUUCAAAAGCAACGAAGGAAACGCGCUCCAAAUCCAGAAAUUAACUUUCACAACACCUGCAACGCGCAGAAGGGAAUAUAAAAAAGGAAGUGUGCCCUAAAGCAAUACAAAUUCACAGACAAAAACAAAAUAAGGCGGCACGGAUGGUGCAGUGGGUAGCACUGCCGCCUCACAGCAAGGAGGUCCUGGGUUCGAAUCCCCGUCGGCUGGGGCCUCUCUGUGCAGAGUUUGCAUGUUCUCCCCGUGUCUGCGUGGGUUCCCUCCGGGUACUCCGGUUUCCUCCCACAGUCCAAAGACAUGCAGGUUUGGCUGAUUGGAGAGUCUAAAUUGCCCAUAGGUAUGAGUGUGUGAGUGAAUGGUGUGUGUGCCCUGUGAUGGACUGGCGACCUGUCCAGGGUGUAUUCCUGCCUUUCGCCCAAUGUAUGCUGGGAUAGGCUCCAGCCCCCCUGCGACCCUGUUCAGGAUAAGCAGGUUCUGAUAAUGGAUGGAAAACAAAAUAAGCAAGGGCUCCACAUCUGAGAAUUUGCUACAAAGUCAGGUCACAUAAUGGAAGUGCUAUAUGCUACUAAGGGGAGACACAUAAUGAGAGGAACACGAUUUGGGAAAGAGAUUCGCACAGAAGCGGUCUCGCUCUGCCGCACAGCUCCGUCGUUGUGUUUGCUUGUGUUUCCCGUGAUUUCUGGAUCUGGAGCGCGUCUCCCUGAGUGUGUGUGCUUUCGCUUCCGAAGCGCGGUCGUCUUGGUGGGUCACCAGCAGAAACUGCUCACAUUGUGUAGAUUUGUGCAUGUUUCAGCUCUUUAUCUUAUGGAAUGAAAACGGGCAUAAAUUUAAUUACAGACAUUUAGAACCUCGUGUAUGAACCGCACCAUUUUGGACGGGGAACUGGAAGUGUUAUUAUUACCUCGGAAAUGUGAAAAAUGUGGGCACUGUCAAAAUGAAGCAAAGGGACAUCUUAGCACGAUAGCUAAUAAUACUACAUGGGAGAAAUGUGUUUGAUAGAGACAGAGACCUUAUCAAACAGAAAAGAACGGGCGGCAACAAAACGAUUGCCAAGACCCAGCACAGAGCGAAAUGAAGAACGAUCUAAUUUCUAUUGUAAAAGAGCUGCAUGUAUUUGCCGUUGACACAGGCAGAAGACAAAAGAUCUUGCGUUACAUUACUGCCUUUUUGACACUUAUCCAGAGCCACUUAGAACGGCUUAGCUGUUUAUUUUUUAUUAUCUUUAAAUGACGCGUUUAAUUGUAGAAUUGUAAGUCCAGCUUUCUCGAUUUAAAAGCCGUCUCAAGGAUAGAUGCUAGUCACAAAUACUGUGAAUGUGAACCACAGUGGAUGUGGUGCUACAUGGUUUUGUGUUGACGUCAUCGGCCAUCCUUUCGCACUCCCUGCCGAAACAGCCCCUCCCAGAGAAGACCUGUCCUAGAGACAGCCCCCUCCCAGAGCAAACCUGUCGCAGACACAAUCCCCUCCUAGAUUAAACCUGUUGGAAACACGACCCCCUCCUGGGAUCGUUACCUUGUAGUGGUGGAGGGGCUUGCGAGGGUCUUCCCUAUAGACCAGUGGGGAAGGUUCCAGACAAAACACGAUCCGGAGUCCAUGCCCCUGCCCUCCAAACGCGCCUCACUUUGAGCAGAUAGGGCCUUUUGAACCUGUAUUCAGCCAACAGCGGCUUGCUAGCCAGCAUCAGCCACGUGGCCUUAACAUUCACACAGCAGACAGAGGGUAGGGUCAGGGAUAAUGCAUCAAACACCAUUCACCUACUCAUGCAGUGUUCAUUAGCAGUGCCAGGACGUGCCCCUUUGUCUCACUUCAGCAGCACUUUUUCUAACUGAAAAAUGUGAUUCUAAUGCUCCGUUUUUCAUUAUUGGUAAACGAGGAGCUCGAUAACACAACUGCUACUCGGAGGUUCUAAGGUACAGUAAUAUAAAAUAUUUUACUUUUGAUAAAUGGUAUAAUUAGAUACCAUAUUUAUAGGAAUGUAAUAAUAAUUAUGAGUUGCAUAUAUUGUGGAUUAUUACAUAUAUAUAUAUAUAUAUAUAUAUAUACACAUAUACACACGCACACAGAGAUGUGUAAUUGUAUAAUUUCUAACAAUAUUAAUGCAACUAGUAGUGCUGCAUAAGACACUUGUGCACACAGAGAUAUAUAUAAAUGAUAUACAUGGCGAACAUAGCAUAGAAAGGAUGGAUAUUGUGAAUCAUGAUGUUACACAAUAUUCAUUCUCAGUAUAUAAAUUAUUAAUAGUAAUACAUGAUAUAAUUAAUAUUAUUAAUGCCCUGAGAUAGCCAAGAGGGAGGACUCCAAACAGAUACAUAGAGUACUGUGAAAUGUGGUGUGCUUUAGGGAGAAUAUGAGCUUAUGCUAGUCCUUGUAUAGCUGUAUAACCGUUUAACAGUAUAGCAGUUAAAAAACAUCAGAAGUCUUUUUUGUGAAUUAAAUAUGAACAUAAGCUUCAUUUCUCUGCUCUACUUUAAUAAACAUCUUAAUUAGUCAUUCAAUAACAGUGCUGUGGGGUGGCGCAUCCUGUUAAGGCACUGUUCUUUUAAAAAAAUAAAAAAAUAAAAGAUGCAUUCAGUGCCUCACGUGGGAUUGCGCACAUCCAGCCCACAGCACUGCCCCAGUUGAGAGGGAGAACAGACCUUUUUGUGCAGCUUUGGGAUACAUGCCUACCUCCACACUCCCGCAACAGGCCGCCAUUAUCAAAAUGUGCUCAAAUCUCAGAAAUGUUCCAAAAUAUUCAUGUUUAUGAAUGAUUUAUAGAGAUGUUGGGCUGUGGUCAUUAAGCCAUUAGAAAUGCAAUGAAAACCUGCAACUCCAUAUUCAUUCCUCCUUCCAUGCAUCGAUUUGCAUUCUUUUAGUUUUAGUGCUGAACUUGCUGUAACCUUCCAGUAAGCUAAUUACCUGCUAGUUUGAGGUUUGUGCGCUCACUUUAAAAAUAACAUUUAGCUAAUCAAUUAUAGGCUCAGUCCUUGUAGUUUUAUUUGACAGGGGCGUCCACAAUCUUCUCUGAAAAGCCCGGUGUGGGUACAGGUUUCUGUGGAAGCUCAGCACCAACACCUGGCGGGGUUGAUUACGGUUAAAGGGAAAUGAUAAAACCAUGGUUACUCUGUUUGUGCCAGAUGUUGUUGUACUGGGUUAAACCGAAUCCUGCACCUACACCAAACCUUUUCAGAUGAGCUCAGACGCCCUCAAUUUAAGACCAGGGCCCUGUUUCAAAGACACAAGUUAAAAGUUCCUCCUUCAAGUAGAUAACUUUUUCUUUAUUUGUAUGAAAAACUGAUUAUUCUGAUUGAUAUAAGAACAUCCCCCAUUAUCAGUGGAUGCAAAUAAUUAUCAUAAUUAUCAUUCACAUUUUAGUGACCUUAACUCAAUAUACGCAUUUCUAUAUUCAAGAAAGAUAAGAAUAUACAUAAUUGCAUGGGUAUGAUUUUUAAUAUUUCACUAUCUAGCUGAACUUCCAUACUUCUAUACAAUAAAACAAAUAAAAACAAGACAA